AUGGCAUCCCCUCAGCGCGGGCUCGUGCCUCUGCACUUUGGUGCUGCCCUUCAACAAUCCAGUGCGUUGGCAAUGCAGGAUGCUCAUAAUUUAUUUGAACAGGCUAUUCACCUGAUGCAAUGCAGUACAACUAGUUCACAAAAGCUGAGCUUCUAUGUCUGCUACUUCUCCUUCCAUCAGAUAGCUUUGGAAUAUGAACAAAAAAUGACCAGCGCAGACGGAGCUGAACAGACAGAAAUCCGUUGCAGAAGACCUGCAGUUCCACAUGAGCAGAUGCGAUAUGUGCACUUUCCGAGGCCUGUCACUUACGACAGGGGUGAAUGUGCAUGUAACCCGGUCCGCUUCUUUGUUAUCAUAUCUAUGCAAAGAUCAGGAAGCGGGUGGUUCGAGACUUUGCUCAACAGCCACCCCAAUGUCAGCUCGAAUGGCGAGAUCUUCUCUGUGAGGGAUAGAAGGGAAAACAUUUCGACUAUUUUUGAAACUCUUGACAGAUUGUAUGAUAUGGACUGGAUCACUAGUGCGGCGAAGAAUGAGUGCACAGCAGCAUUUGGGUUGAAGUGGAUGCUAAACCAGGGACUGAUGGAAAACCAUCGAGACAUCGUUAACUAUUUAAACAGGAGGGGUGCAAUGGUUAUAUUCCUCUUUAGGAGAAACACACUACGGAGGCUUAUCUCUGUGUCGGCGAACAACUACGACAGGAAAACAAAGCAGCUGAAUGGCAUCCACAAAUCACAUGUUCACUCAAAAGAGGAGGCUGAGAUCCUGGCAAGGUUCAAGCCAGAGCUGGACGUAUCGACUCUGAUUCCAAGCAUCAGAAAUGCCCAACGCGCCAUGAGAACCUGCCUGGGUCGCUUCAGCAACACCCGCCACAUGGUCCUCUACUACGAGGACGUGAUCCGCGACAGAAAUGCAUUGUCCCGGGUGCAGGAAUUCCUGGGGGUUCCAGUGAGGAAUCUGUCCAGCAAGCACGUGAAGAUCCACACCAGGCCCCUCCCGGACCUCGUCGACAACUGGGAGCAGGUGAGCCAGGUGCUGAAUGGGACACAGUAUGGUCGAUUCCUUGAUGAUGCAGACUAUGUCAAGUGA